AUGUUCACCGCAACCAAAGUAGCUUUCACAUUAACACCCCCUCGUCCAUGUUCUACACCUCCCCCAACACCUUUCGUUCCUAUCUCUUCUUCUCUUUCUCGUCCUCACCUCAUUCACUUCAAUUCCCGUCGAUUAUGCCUUCGCCGGAGACUUUUUCUACUUUCUCCCAAAGCCACCGCAGAUCAACAAGGGAAGGUUGAAGAAUUUGAAGGAGAAGCUGUUGAUAGUAAUGUUCUUCCGUAUUGUAGCAUAGAUAAAAAAGAAAAGAAAUCCGUCGGUGAACUCGAGCAAGAGUUUCUUCAAGCGCUCCAAUCAUUCUAUUAUGAGGGAAAGGCGAUUAUGUCGAAUGAAGAAUUUGAUAAUCUCAAGGAAGAACUCAUGUGGGAAGGAAGCAGUGUUGUUAUGCUAAGUUCGGAUGAACAGAAAUUUCUUGAAGCUUCUAUGGCGUAUGUGUCUGGAAAUCCAAUUUUGAAUGACAAAGAGUAUGAUGACUUGAAAAUGAGGCUAAAGAGGGAAGGGAGUGAAAUUGUUGUUGAGGGUCCAAGGUGCAGUCUUCGAAGUAAAAAGGUUUACAGUGACCUUUCUGUUGACUAUUUAAAGAUGUUUCUGCUGAAUGUCCCAGCCACUGUGAUUGCAUUAGGAUUGUUCUUCUUCCUUGAUGAUCUGACUGGAUUUGAAAUCACUUACUUGCUAGAGCUUCCGGAGCCUUUUAGUUUCAUUUUCACUUGGUUUGCGGCUGUUCCUCUAAUUGUAUAUCUAGCUCUAUCACUAACAAGGGCCAUUAUAAAAGAUUUUGUAAUUCUAAAGGGUCCCUGUCCGAACUGCGGAACUGAAAAUACCUCCUUCUUUGGGACUAUACUGUCAAUUUCAAGUGGUGGUUCCAACAACAAAGUCAAAUGCUCUGAAUGUGCAACUGAAUUGCCUAAGUGGAGGUAUCCUGGAACUAUAUUCAUUGUUCAAGCAAUGGGAGCUCAUCAAUAG